UGUCUUCAGCAACACAAUGUCAGACUCACACCGUGAUCGCAGCUCGAAGCGAAGGGCCAGAGAUGGCUCUGAAGAUGUUUUGCCUCGAAAAAAGCAGCACCGACAAGCUGUGGCUCGCCCAGAUGACAGUCAAUCCGAGGAUAAUGGCAGCGAUGGUGACCGCGUCUCGUCCAAGGCAGUGAGAAGCUCAAAGAACCAGUCUGCGCCCAGGAAUGAGAAGGAAUACCCGUCAAUCAACGAGCUGAAAGGACGUAUUCGUGGUGUCAAGCGCCUUCUCAACAAAGAUUUGCCAGCAGAUGCACGGAUCGUACAGGAGCGAGCGCUUGCAGGCUAUGAGCAGGAUCUUGUGGAGGAAACAGCUCGUCGAGAGCGAUCAAAUAUGAUCAAGAAAUACCACUUUGUUCGUUUCUUGGACCGCAAGACGGCGACUAAGCAAUUGAAUCGCCUGCAACGCCGCGAAAAAGAGAAAGAUCUCGACACUAAGCAGAAUUCUGAACUCUCUCAAAAGAUUCACGAUGCGCGGGUCAACCUCAACUAUACGAUCUACUACCCUCUCACGGAGAAAUAUAUCUCCCUCUACCCCAAGCAGAACAACCCUUCCGGCGAGACCGACGAGAAGUCCGGAUCUGGGACUGAAUCCAAAGAACAAAACAUUGCUGAAGCGUCUCGUCCACCUUUGUGGGCUGUUGUUGAGAAAUGCAUGGAAGAUGGCACUCUUGAUGACCUACGAGAGGGCAAGCUGAAUAUUGGCCCUGAUGGAAAGCAGAGCUCAGCACCUGCUAAGAAGCCUGCUGCGCGUGAAAGCGAGAAGAGGUCUAAGAAAGAGAAGACGCACAAGGAUUCCAAGCAAGCAUCUCAGAAGGAGAAUCUUGCGCAAGAAGAUGCCUUGGACAGGCUUAACCGGAGAGAGCGGCGCAAGGAGCAACAAAAGGCACGCGAAUUGGCUGCUCAACAGGCUGCUGAAGGUGACAGUGAUGGUGGAUUCUUUGAAAUGUAAAUGCAUACAUGAGCAUGGAAAACCUGGUGUUUGGUGUCUUUUUGUUUCUCUUCUUGUAUCUCUAGCUGAUAUCCAAUGUGCAUUAUGUGAGAAGUGUUGCUAUCAAAGAUGAUGAUCAUGAUACUGUCGAAUUUCGGGGAUUUUGGAUAUGAAUCAAAGUCUUAGGUCAUGAUUUAGACAUACGUUGAAUUGAUCGUGGACAGGAG